UUUUCUCGAGCGACCUCAUCGUCACGCCGAUUACGAAACCCUUAGGACGCGCCGGCCACAGCUCGCUCCUUCAUCUGUCGCCCCCAAUGCCUCCUCGAAUACGGCUCCAGACGCGACAGCUCAAAGUCCGCAUAUACCAUCACCAGAUACCUUCACAGCCAUGCUUCUACGCAUCUCUAGCAACAGCUACCACACCCGCGCCUCCAAUUGAGCAGACAAUCCACUCCGUCUCGCCCAUUGCCCGCUUCCCUCCCACACAACCCCCUUCACACAAACCUCCAGAAGUCCGAAAGUCCCAGCUUCACCGAGAAUACCAAUCCCUCCUCAAGUCCUCGCCCCUGAUCCUCAUCUUCCAACACAACAACCUCCGCGCGGUAGAAUGGAUGGGAAUACGGCGCGAGCUGGCUAUUGCCCUCCGCAAGGUCGAUGCGGAGCUCGCCGCGGCUGGACAAAAGGAUCUCUACGCCGACGCUAUCAAGAUCCAGAUCAUACAGACAGGCAUCUUCGCAUCGGCGCUACGAGUUGUAGAGUUUUACAAUCCGGAAACAACCGAGUUACCAACACAGCAUCCCUCCAACCCUGCCACAGCCAGCUCGGCGCAGAUUCCAAAUGUUAAGCCCACGCCUGAGGACUCAAGGCUUGCACAUGGUCUCUCGCGGCGGGCGCACGAGGCGGCGUCGGACAGAAAAAAGAAGCUGGAUUUGGCUCCCCUGCUGUCUGGACCUAUCGCAGUCGUUGCGUUCCCUGCUGUCUCGCCGCAGCACCUCAAAGCGGCCCUCUCCAUCCUCUCCCCGAGUGCGCCUAAUUUCCCUGCGCCGAAGCGGAAAGCGAGCCCUAGCUACCAUGAGCCCGCGGUCCAAAACGGUAUUCAGAAGCUUAUGAUGCUGGGGGCGCGCGUUGAUGGCAAGGCGUUUGAUCAGGAGGGAACAAAAGGGGUCGGUAGCAUUCCUGGAGGCUUGGAUGGCCUCAGAGCACAACUGGUAGGCAUGCUGCAGAAUAUGGGUGCCGGCGUUACGAAUGCACUCGAGGGUGUUAGCCGGAGUUUGUAUUUUACUAUGGAGGGAAGGAGGUACAUGAUGGAAGAGGAAGAGAAGGGUCCGGAGGAGAAGAAGGAUGUGGAAGAGACGAAGGCAGAGUAAAUGUAUAUUAGGGCAAGACUUGUAUAUCAAUGUUUACUUAGCACAGAUGUGCAAUCAAUUGGAUAGGAUCACGGUACAGUUCCAGGGUCAACCAUUAUGCUAUAAAAAAUGUCCAAACUCCUACG